GGGGUGAAAUAGGGUGAAAAGGCCCGGCGCAGCAAAAAAGACGCAGAAGGUAUUGAAUUUUCAGAGCCUCAGUCCAUUGCCUGCCAUCUUCUUGUGUAGGGGCCUCGCCUGUCCUCCUCUCUCCCUCCCUGGGCUUCGUGCACGCAAUCCCCCGCCCCGUGCUGCUCUCCACACACAAUUCCUAGUGAAAUCUUUCCCUCCAGUACCCAGGUGUGGCCUCAGGGUGCGGCAGAACAGCAAAAUCACAUCAGUAGAGUGAACCGCCCCUACUGCAGCGGUGGGCGAAGAAGAGAGGUGUCUUAUUCUGUUUUUGAACGCCUCUAGACCUUACAGGGUCACCCCAGGCCGCCACCAUGUCGGGGAAUAUGGGGAUGGAGCAGUUAAUCCCCAUAGUUAAUAAACUGCAAGAUGCUUUCACGCAAUUGGGGGUUCAUAUGCAGUUGGACCUGCCACAAAUCGCGGUGGUAGGCGGCCAGAGCGCUGGGAAGUCUUCAGUACUGGAAAACUUCGUGGGCAGAGACUUUCUUCCUCGAGGUUCGGGCAUCGUUACCAGACGCCCUCUUAUCCUGCAGCUGAUUAACAACCCCCAUGAAUAUGGCGAAUUUCUCCACAAGAAGGGCGAAAAAUUUACGAAUUUCGACGAGAUCAGGAAAGAGAUCGAGACGGACACAGACAGGGUGACUGGACUCAACAAGGGCAUCUCUAACCUCCCCAUCAACCUUAGGGUCUAUUCUCCCAAUGUGCUCAAUCUGACCCUAAUCGACCUGCCAGGGUUGACGAAGGUGCCAAUCGGUGACCAACCAGCAGAUAUUGAGAUGCAGAUUCGAAAUAUGAUCAUGACGUACAUCACCAAAGAUUCCUGUCUCAUCCUGGCCGUGUCCCCUGCCAACUCUGAUCUUGCAAAUUCGGACGCCCUUAAGCUUAGCAAGGAAGCGGACCCUGAUGGAUUACGUACCAUUGGUGUCAUCACUAAGCUCGACUUGAUGGAUGAAGGCACAGAUGCUCGUGAUGUGCUGGAGAACAAGCUGCUGCCGCUACGUCGAGGAUACGUCGGUGUUGUCAACAGGUCACAGAAGGACAUCGACGGCAAGAAGGACAUCAAGCAGGCCAUCGCAGCAGAACGUAAAUUUUUCCUGUCUCACCCUGCGUACCGUCACGUGGCAGACCGCAUGGGGACCCCUUACCUACAGCGAGUCUUGAACCAGCAACUGACGAACCACAUCCGGGAGACUUUGCCGAGCCUAAGAGACAAAUUGCAGAAACAGUUGCUUGCUAUGGAGAAGGAAGUGGACCAAUACAAGCACAUCAGACCAGAUGACCCUUCGAUCAAAACUAAGGCUAUGUUGCAGAUGAUCCAACAACUUCAGAAUGACAUAGAGCGAUCUAUUGAAGGCUCUGGCUCUGCUCUUAUCAACACAAACGAACUGUCUGGAGGUGCCAAGAUUAACAGGCUCUUUCACGAACGCUUCCCUUACGAAAUUGUGCGCAUGGAAUUCGACGAGAAGGAGCUGCGUAGGGAGAUCGCCUUUGCCAUUCGAAACAUCCACGGCAUCCGAGUGGGUCUGUUUACGCCCGACAUGGCCUUCGACGCGAUAGUGAAGGGGCAGAUUGGACGUCUCAAGGAACCGUCGUUGAAGUGUGUCGAUCUUGUGGUGCAGGAGCUCACCAACGUCGUCAGGGCUUGUACACAGAAGAUGUCGCGCUACCCUCGCCUUCAGGAGGAAACAGAGCGAAUCAUAACAAACCACAUCCGGGAGAGGGAGCAGAUCGUUAAGGAGAAUAUUCUACUGCUGAACGACUGUGAACUGGCUUACAUGAACACCAACCACGAGGACUUCAUCGGAUUUGCCAAGGUCUCGUGCUUGCCAGAAGCGCAGAACCAAACUCUCGCCCCCAGUGCCCAGCAGACUAGUGAAAACACAGCCAAGUCCGGACGCAAGCUGGGCAACCAAGUCAUCCGCAAAGGCUACAUGUCCAUCUCCAACUUAGGCUUCAUGAAGGGAGGUUCUAGGGACUAUUGGUUUGUCCUGACCUCUGAGUCUCUCUCCUGGUUUAAGGAUGAGGAAGAGAGAGACAAGAAGUACAUGUUGAUGCUGGAUGGACUGAAAAUCAAGGACAUCGAACAAGGAUUUAUGUCUCGUCGCCAUGUGUUUGCGCUCUACAAUCCUGACCAGAAGAACGUAUACAAGGACUACAAGGAGCUGCAACUUGGUGUGGAGACGCAGGAUGACAUGGACUCGUGGAAGGCAUCGUUUCUGCGCGCCGGCGUGUACCCCGAGAAGGUGUCCGACAACAGCAAUGGAGAGGAGGGCGCCAGUGAGGGCUCCACCUCGAUGGACCCACAGCUGGAACGACAAGUGGAGACAAUUCGUAACCUGGUGGACUCGUACAUGAAGAUUGUGACCAAGACGACCCGCGACCUGGUACCCAAGGCCAUCAUGCUGCUUAUGAUCAAUAACACCAAGGACUUCAUCAUGGGGGAGCUGCUGGCCCACCUCUAUGCCUCAGGAGACCAGAACGCCAUGAUGGAGGAGAGUCCCGAGGAGGCCCGUAAGAGGGAGGAGAUGCUGAGGAUGUACCACGCCUGCAAGGAAGCACUCAAGAUUAUUGGAGACGUCGCCAUGGCAACCGUGUCCACUCCUGUGCCUCCACCAAUCAGGGAUGAGUGGCUCUCCACAGGCCAAGACCAGUCCAGGAUUGGACAGACUGGCCCCCCCUCCCCCGGUGGCAACAUGAAGAGGCCUAACCCUCCCCCCAGCCACCCCCAGAGAGUGCCCCCACCUGUUCCUGGGGUUGGUGGCCGCCCCGCCCCUGCUGUGCCCUCCCGCCCCACCCCAGCUCCCCCCAGCCGCCAGGGCAACAGUGGGGCGCUGCCUCCCCCCCUCAUACCAUCACGCCCGGUGCCAAUUGUGCCCCCAAGAGUCCCAGACAGACCUCAAGUCCUGCACCGGCCACACUGAUCACCCCAGCAGCGUCUGUGUGUGUGUGUGUCUGUCGGCGCCGCAGGGAAGCAGGAGCAGGGACUGGCGCGGGACACCUCUCUUUAAGCCAGCAGGAAUUAAAUUAAGGCACAUAGCAUUACCUUUAUGUUACCUAAUGUUACCUCCUCUGUGAUGGUGUGGUGGACCUAAAGAAAAUGGCAGUGAAAGAAAAUGGGAGUUUUGGCUCGUGUACUGAACUUUUUUUUUUCUUCUUCUUCGUCGUCGUUUCUCCGUAAUUGUUUUCGUUUGAGGUGUUUUUGUAAGGUGUGGCAGGUUUUCAAGGGUGUUUUUGAGGUUCCAGUGAGUGUUUGGCAGCUUCGGCUGGAAAUUAUUGGGAGGUUUUCAAGAGUGUUUUCUUGAUUCGACUGGAAGUUGUUGGAUUAAGUAACAGUUCAGCAAGGUUUGUGAGUGUUUGAGAAGUUCGGUGAAGUUACGAGUAUUGGGGUUUUGAAGAGUGCUUUCAUGAUAGCAGUGGAAGUUACUGAGGUUUUCAAGGAUGUUUUCAUAGUUCAAGUGACAGUAUAGCAAGGUUUAUGAGUGUUUAAGAAGUUCGGUAAAGUUUUUCUGGGUUUUAAAGGGAGUUUUCAUGAUAGGAGUGGAAGUUACUGAUGUUUUCAUAGUUCAAGUGACAAGUAUAGCAAGGUUUGUGAGUGUUUGACAAGUUCGAUGGAGUUACUGGGGUUUGCAAGAGUGUUUUCAUGGUGCCAGUGAUAGUUUAACAGACUUUACUUUAAGGUACUGGGGUCUUAAAGGCUGUUUUCAUUAUUCCAGUGAAAAUUUAAUAAGAAUCUAAACGUUUGACAGGCUCCAGUGGAAGUUAUUUGGCUUUCAUGAUUCCGACAAUAGUUUAACAAUCCACAGUGGAAAGUUGUUAAGGUUUCCACGAAUCCAGUGAAAUAUUGGGGUGCUAAUCACUUAAUCAUGAUUCCGAAGAUAGUGUAGCAAGGAAUGAAUGCUUUUAACAGGCUCUAGUAGAAGUUUUUUGGAGCUUUCAAAAGUGUUCACAUGAUUACAGUGCUAGAAUUGUACCACUUUAAGACACUAAUGGAAGUUGUUGGGCUUUUUAAGAGUGUUUUCAUGAUUCCAGUGAUGCUUUAGCAGACUGUAGUAGAAGUCAUUAAGGUUUUCAAGGAUGUUUGUGUGAUUCCAGUGGUAGUUCGACAAGAUUUGCACAAAUUUAACAGGCUGAAGUGGAAGUUACAGGCAUUUUCAAGAGUUUUCAUGAUUGCAGUGACAGUUUAACAGCGUGUAGUGGAAAAUAUUGGCGUUUUCAGGGGUGUUUCAUGAUUCUAAUGAUAGUUUAACAGGCUGUAGUGAAAAUUAUUGGCGUUUUGAAGAAAAUUUCCAUGAUUCUAGUUAUAGUUUGACAAGAAUUCCUGCACAUCAUUUGAAGAAACACCCCUGAGAACCUAACCUGACCUAACCGUGGCCUCAGAAAGCAGUCCGCAGGAGAACGAAGCAUCUCAGAACACGAGCCAACCUUGAUUUGUUAAUGAGUGAACGAGUCGACGACCAAACAGUGACUGUGUUUGUUUCUGGCGAUGAGUCAACGCUCUCUCGUGAUUGUGUGUUUGUUUGUUUGUGUUUGUUUUGGGUGGACUGUGGGGAGUUCGUCCGUUUGGGAUGACGUAAAGAUGAGUGUGUGUGUGUGUGUGUGUGUGUGUGUGUGUGUGUGUGUGUGUGUGUUUCUAUGUAUUGUCAAGAAGGUUUUUUUCAUUUUUGUUUUUUAUUUUUUUGCCUUUGUGGAGAUUUUUUUGUUAUUAUAUCGCAAAUUUUUUUUAGUUUGUGUUCCUUGCUUUGAUUAUAUUAAAAUUCCUUUGCUGGUACGUUGGGCCUUACAAGACAUGAUACGUAAAAAAGCUGGUGUCUGCAUCAACCUUCCCUUACAUUUUUAAGUGUUUGUCGCCAGUGUUUGAAACCGUUUAUUUAUUUAUUUAUUUAUUUAUUUAUCUAUUUAUUUAUUUUCAUUUACCACCUGUUAAUCUGCACCUUACGAAGCACAAUACGAACAACUCAGGUGCCUGUGUUAACCUUCCAUUACGCCUUCAAAUGUUAUCACCAGCAAUAGAAAGUUUUGUUUAUUCUUUAUUUUCUUUUCUUUUUGUUACUUUUGUUAUCCUCCAUCUUACGGAACACAAUACGUAAACAACCAGUGCGUGCGUCAACCUUCCCUUACGUCUUAAAAGCUUAUCAGUAGCAUUUGAAGGUUUUUUUGUUUUAUUCUUUAUUUUCUUCUCUUGUUUUUACUUAUACUAUUCUGCAUCUCACGGAACACAAUACGUAAACAAACAGUGCGUGGGUCAACCUUUCCUUACAUCUUAAAAGCUUAUCACCAGCAUUUGAAGGUUUUUUUGUUUUAUUCUUUAUUUUCUUUUCUUGUUUUUACUUAUACUAUUCUGCAUCUUACGGAACACAAUACGUAAACAAACAGUACGUGCAUCAACCUUCCCUUACGUCUUAAAAGCUCAUCAGUAGCAUUUGAAGGUUUUUUUGUUUAUUCUUUAUUUUCUUUUCUUGUUUUUACUUAUACUAUUCUGCAUCUUACGGAACACAAUACGUAAACAAACAGUGCGUGCGUCAACCUUUCCUUACGUCUUAAAAGCUUAUCACCGUUGUUCAUUCAUUCUUCAUUCCGUACCAUUCUGCGUCACACAAAACAGUUCGUAAGAGGCUGUGAUAACCCUUUACUAUGUCUUGAAACCAUACGUCGCCAGCAUUCGAUAAUUUUUCUCUUCAUUUUCGUAUUUAAUUUAUUCUUGUGAUAUUUUUUUCUUUAUAUUCUUAUUUUAUCUAUUUACUUUCCUUUGAUAGUUCUUUAUUUUCUCAUUUUAUUGAUUCAUUUUCUAUAUCUUGUUAUUUUACGCCCUUCGAGACACAAUACGUAAGAAACUGUGGCAGCGUGAAUCUAACAUUACGUUUUCUUCCUCACUCAUCUUUGCUGCCCCUCCCAAACAAGGUGCAAGUGAGAGAGAGUGGGAGUAUGUGUGACCAAGUAAUAUUCUGUGUGUGUGUGUGUGUGUGUGUGUGUGUGUGUGUGUGUGUGUGUGUGUGUGUGUGUGUGUGUGUGUGAUUACGUUGAUUCUUUGAGCGUUUUGGUAUAUAUAUAUAUAUGUGUGUGUGUAUAUUGUUUUGUAUAGAUUCUCUCUCUCUCUCUCUCUCUCUCUCUCUCUCUCUCUCUCUCUCUCUCUCUCUCUCUCUCUCUCUCUCUCUCUCUCUCUCUCUCUCUCUCUCUCUCUCUCUCUCUCUCUCUCUCUAGUGAUGUGGCCAGUGAUAAUGCAGUCAUUAAGGCCUUUGUAAUUAUUAUUAUUAUUAUUAUUAUUAUUAUUAUUAUUAUUAUUAUUAUUAUUAUUAUUACUGUUAUCUUGAGUGUUAUUCAUCCUCCUCUUCUUCUUCCUCAGACUACUUAACAGUGACAACAAACAGCCAAAUGACUAUUAACUAUUGGCAAUACACACACACACACACACACACACACACACACACACACACACACACACACACACACACACACACACACACACACACACACACACACACACACACACACACACAAGGAGAGGAGUUCGGAUGUACGUAUUUGUGUGUGUGUGUGUGUGUGUGUGUGUGUGUGUGUGUGUGUGUGUGUGUGUGUUGGGUAUACAGUAAAACUAAAACACACACACACACACACACACAAACAAAUCCUUUUAUAGAAAUUACAUAUUUAGUUAGAUAAUAACACACACACACACACACACACACACACACACACAUGCGCGCGCCAAAUGCCUGUGAUAAUCCCAUUUAAAUAAUUACAUACAAUUACAUAAAAUAAUUCAUUCUCAUUAGCUUGACUAGUAACUAACCAUCACUGCCCUUAACUACUGUAACUAUGUAAUUGGUCUUGUAACUACUGUCCUGUGUCGUAGUGUAGUGUAAUUGUUAUAAUUAUUGUAACUACUUUGCCUGUUUGUAAUGGCUCACUUACCAAAGAGAGAGAGAGAGAGAGAGAGAGAGAGAGAGAGAGUGUGUUGGAAAUGUUUAUAUCUGUGAUUCUCUUAAUUCUCUCUCUCUCUCUCUCUCUCUCUCUCUCUCUCUCUCUCUCUCUCUCUCUCUCUCUCUCUCUCUCUCUCUCUCUCUCUCUCUCUCUCUCUCUCUCUCUCUCUCUCUCUAAAUAACCUUUCAUGCAGAUUACAAAAAAUAAUGAAUUUAAUAUUGACAUUCCAGCUUUGAUUAUAAAAAGUAUUUGAUGAAUAAAAAUAAGAUGUAUAUAUAUAUAUUUAUAUUUUAAGUGUGUGUGUGUGUGUGUGUGUGUGUGUGUGUGUGUGUGUGUGUGUGUAUACAUUAUCAAGUGCCAAAUUUUGCAUAUAACAAACCUAUCUUCUUCUUCUUCUUCUUUUGUAUGUGGGAAAAAUAAAUAAUAAUAAUAAUAAUAAUAAUAAUAAUAAUAAUAAUAAUAAUAAUAAAAAACUUAAAUGAAUAUAUAUAAUAAUGAUGAUGAUUAAAUAGUGUUAAGUUUCAUUAGUCAAAUUAAUAAUAACUUGUAUAUUUAUUUUAUUAUUAUUAUUAUUAUUAUUAUUAUUAUUAUUAUUAUUAUUAUUAUUAUUAUUAUUAUUAUCAUCAUCAUCAACAUCAUUAUUACUACUAUUUUCCUACAAGAUUGUAACCAGUCUCUCUCUCUCUCUCUCUCUCUCUCUCUCUCUCUCUCUCUCUCUCUCUCUCUCUCUCUCUCUCUCUCUCUCUCUCUCUCUCUCUCUCUCUCUCUCUCUCUCUCUCUCUCUCCAAAAAUGGUGUAUAUAUUUAAUGUAAUUAAAAAAACAAAUAUCAGAUUCUCAAUUCACUUAACACUUUCUCUCUCUCUCUCUCUCUCUCUCUCUCUCUCUCUCUCUCUCUCUCUCUCUCUCUCUCUCUCUCUCUCUCUCUCUCU